AGAGAGAGAGAGAGAGCGAGAGAGAGACAGAGAGAGAGAGAGAGAGAGAGAGACGUGUGUGGAGAGAAAGAGAGAGAGAGCAGUGUGUAGAGAGAAAGAGAGUGAGAGACGAAGGAGGGGGACACAGACCACUGUUAAAGGAGGGUGCCGGCUGUGAACGGUAACGGCUGCAGACAAGACACGCAGACAGAGAGACGGACUCCAGCGCUGCACACACACACACAAACACGCGUAAAGAGUGUGUGAGACAUGCCCAGGCUGCUGCCCAUGGACACACACACACACAACCUGGCAGGGCAUCCGAGAGGACAUACAGACCCCUAUGUCUAAGGAGUCAUGGAGAGCAGCAUGUUUUUCGGUAAUGCAUGUCAAAAUGGCCUCCUGCCGACGCUGAUACGUCCUGCUCUGCCCACCAUCCAGCAGUCUCUGGGCAUGAAGCAGUUCCAGCUCCCGUUUCCCCUGGAUACGGCCUCAGCAGUCAGCCUUUUCCCCGGCUUCGGCACGAUGGACCCAGUUCAGAAGGCUGUUAUGCAUCACACGUUUGGAGUUCCUCCCUUGACCAAGAGAAGACACGUCUCGUGCAGCGUGUGCCAACUGAGAUUCAACUCACAGAGCCAAGCCUUAGCCCACUACAAAGGAACAAAACACGCCAAGAAGCUGAAAUCUCUGGACGCUACCAAAUGUAAGCUCAGAGGUUCAGUGGUCACCAAGGAAACCACCAACCAUGAAACCCCUAAGAGCAUCAACCCUCCAGCAAUGUGCUACGGCACUGACAGGAAAGAUGGCUUUCCAGGUGCAUCGCCGCUACCACUAUCUCCUGUGCUCACACUGGCUCCAACCCUGGGAUCCCUGGCAUCAUCCCUGGCACCCAUGACAUCAAUGUUACCACCCCUGGCACCUACGCUGGCAUCGAGUCCCAACUCAUCCACAGGGACAGAGACUACCUCAGCUACAGGAUGGGACGACCGGGCCUCGCCCAAACCCAGCUCACCUAUAGAACCAGACAUGGAGGAGGAGCAAGAGGCUGAGACAGACCCGGAGACGGAGGAAGAGAAAGCCAGGCGUCUGCUCUACUGCUCGCUCUGCAAGAUGGCCGUCAACUCGGCAUCCCAACUGGAGGCUCAUAACAGCGGUACGAAGCACAAGACCAUGCUAGAGGCCAGGAGUGGUGUGGGCUCCAUCAAGUCCUUCCCCCGGCCAGGGGUCAAGAGCAAGCUAGCUCCGCCCACCAAGGCAGCCACGGGCCUGCAGAACAAAACAUUUCACUGUGAGAUCUGCGAUGUGCACGUCAACUCCGAGACACAGCUAAAACAGCACAUCAGCAGCAGACGUCACAAAGACCGAGCGGCAGGCAAACCGGCCAAACCCAAAUACAGUCCCUACAGUAAACUCCCGAAAGGCCAGGCCACACAACCAGUGAAGCUGACAGUGGGGAAGGAGUUGUGCCAACCUCAGAUAACCCAGAUAAUGCCCGCUCACCUGGCAGCAUUGGCAUCAGCAGCAGCAGCUAUGGGCUCGGCCUUCCCCGGCCUCCGCUCCACCCACGCUCCCUCCCGUGGCCCCACCCUUUUUCAGACACAGACCCUCCCUGCUGCCCUGCUCCGCCCCGCCCCCGGGCCUGUCAGGACCUCCCAUACACAGUUACUGUUUGCCCCCUACUGACUCACAACCCUAUAGACUCUAUGGACUUCCCAUGACGGACAUGCCACGGAAGUUAUUAUGAACCAGAGUCCCCUUCCCUCUGCUUGUCCCUCUAUACAUUUGGACCACAGGCCACCUUCACCAGAAUAUGGGGAUAAUAGGCACAGAGGAAUUGUUUAACCCAUACUGACAGAUAAACCCUACUGGGCUGGCCAGACCUCCCGUUAUGGAUUUCACAAGGAUCCCAUCAAUGGCCCAGAAUUGAUCAGCGUCCCCCUUCCCUCUGCUGUUCCCCCUACAUUCAGAGAAGAACCACACCGGAACGAAUAACGGCUAAAAUAAACAGAUGGCCGCGGUGUGUUAGCGAUCACCUGCUGGGUGUGAACGAUCCAACAUGUAGAAUCGUGGGGAAAUAAUAGCCGAUAUUCUGAUAUUCGUCCUGGUGUGUAUCCUCUGAAGACUACCAUCUUCACCAAAAGAUGUGGACUACAGUCAACCUGAAGCAUUACAUCUGGACUACUGCCCACUCUAUUCCAUUUGGAUUACUACUGCUCUACAGCAUUAACCCUGCAUCUCCUGUUUAACUGGACUACAGGCCGGUCUCAUCAUUACUGUAGGACCACCCUGUCGAAUCUACUCGCCCAUCUUCACUGAGUCAUUGACUCAUCACAAUCCCCUCCUAUAGUAGCUAAUACUUAGUAGUACCCACACAGCCACCCACGUUCAUGUGCCAUUCUCUUACCCAUGAAUCAUACCCAAGAACAGGACUUAUAUUGUACUGCAAUAAUGUAUAAGACAAACCGGUGAACUAUGCAGUGUCAUUUCUGUCUAAUACAAGGCACCGUUUGAGCUAUAAUUGUGCUAUAGGGAUAUCAUAUUUGUAAAGAUAGUGGCGCACUAAGAUCAUUGCUUCAGUGGAGGUAGCUAUCACUCAUGUUUGUAAAAAAAGACUGGUAAGGAUCUCCUCUUUUGCUGUUUGCACUUUAAGUCCCCUCUCUGUUGAUGUCUACAGUGCAUUAGAUGGCUAGAGUAUGUGUUGUAGUUCCUCUUGCAUUACGUGUAGGUGUCUGUUAGUGUGUAAGUGUUUGUUUCUUUGUGUGUGUGCGUAUGUGUGUGAGUGUAUAUGGGUGUUUGUGUGUGACCUUACCCUCCACCUUAAAGCCAUCCCAGCUGACACCCAAUAACCAUUCUGAAUGACCACGUCAUGGGCUCAAGGGACCACUAAGGCUUGUGUAUAAUAUCUGUUAAUGUGUAAAAGAUGAACCAUUUCAAAUAAAAGAGUCUUACUUUGUUAA